AUGUUCAGAACCACAUUAUCAAGAAACUUGGGAUUAAGAGUAGUCCCAAGUAAUCCUCUUAAAUUACAUGCAUUGGGAUUAGUUCGUUAUAAUUCUACUAAUGAAAAACUUAGAAAUGCAAUUGGUUUUGAUCAAUGGACAACAACAAAUGAUAAAUCAAAAUCACAAGAACGUUCUUCAUUUUCCAAUAUCAAUGAUUUAUUAGAUAGUACUAUUUCCGAAGCAAGAUCUUCACAUACAACAACUCCAUUUGCUAGAGAUUUUAAUGUUACUCAAGUAGAAUAUGAUCCACGUCAAGCUGCAAGACAAAUUCAUUUAAUAGGGACCAAUGCUGGUAGAUUAGUGAAUGUUCCAACGGGAAGUCCUAGUCGUGGGUUUUCAUUGGUUAGAGGUGUUGUUUCACAAAAUAAACUUAGAUAUUUACAACGUAUUCAAGAAAGAUAUAUUCGUCCUGCAAAAUUAAGAAAACAACAAAGAAGAGAAUGGUGGAGAAGACAUUUCAAAAGAAACUUUAAGAUAAUGAUGGGACAGGUCGGUCAAGCUGUAAGAAGAGGAUAUUAG